CAGGUCACAGGGCCUGGCACGGCAACGUCGUGGGCUCCGGGCUCCUGUCGAUCUGUCAGCAGGGGCUGCGUGGCUACCGAGCCGACGCGUACACCGUUAAGGCGGGCACUUCACGGCCAGGCGACGUGCUGGUGACUCCGAGUCGACGUCUCGCCCUCGAGUGCUACGGCUUCGAGCACAGGGCCGAAGGGGGCGACGUCAGGUACCGGGUGGCCCUGGAGACCGAGGUGCAGCGCGACGCGCACAUCAGCAAGGGCCGCGACACGGUCAACGCGAGGCCGACCGACCCUCGCGUGCCGCACGAGGAGAUGGAGUGGAGUGUCCCACGGGCGAUGUCCGCGUCACUGGCGUUGUGGUGAAGAUGUUUCGCUGCCCACGGGCGAUCUCCAGGCUCGAUGCGCUGAGCGUGCACCCCUUCCGCCGCAGCAGGGAACAACUCGUAGGCCGGGCGGACAUGUGCGGGCUGCUGUUGUGAGCUUCGCCCGCGUCUUCCAGGAGGGUGUAGCGUUCGCCCUCUCUCCGUUCCAGCUUCUGCCGCGACGAAGCAGCGCUGCGUAUUGAGAUCCAGCAGCUUACUUUCUUGGAGGAGGUUCGCUUGAAUUCCGAUUUCGCCGGGAGGGAGUGGCGAUGGCGACCAGCCUGACCUUCCAUUGUCACCUUGGACUGCCUCGCACCGCACAUUUGAAGUACGAUCAGUGUUGUUUCGGCUGUGUGUGCACACAGGGUCAUGGUUCCGCGUUUCCACGUAGACAUUGCUUCGCUCCUUGGCCUC